AUGUCCACAAAUCUGUUUUUAUUUGAUCUACCAACUCAUCUCCCAAAUGAAGCACAUAAUCAACCAGAAACUAAAUCAGAAAUAACACCCUCAAAUCAAGUUGUAGUGGAGAAGGUAGAUGUAGAUGAUGAUGAGGAAGAGGAGGAAGAAGAAUUACAAGCAAAAUCAAAUGGUCCAAUAUGUAUCCCAGGGACUUCAAUAACAUUACAAACAGAAGAAGAUAUAGCUAAAUGGAUAGAAGAAAGAAAGAAAAAUUGGCCAACUAAUAAAAACAUUGAACGUAAGAAACAAGAGUUAGAAUCUAAAAAACAACAACAACAACAACAAAAGAGGAAACAACAAGAUGAAUCUUCACAACAAUCAUCUAAAAAAUCAAAAAAUAUUUGUCGAUUUUAUCAGAUGAAUAAAAAAUGUAAAUUUGGUAAUAAAUGUAAGAAUCUACAUGAAGAUCCAAAGAAUGAAAAUCCAAUAACUUUAUCAUUUAAUGAACUUACUCAUUAUAGAAAAUUUGUUAAUGGUAUACCUGUUUUAAUACCUAAAUUAUAUGCUAAUAGAACUGAAAAUACUCUGGUUAAAAAACUGGUUUUAUUUAAACAUCUAAUAACUAGAGAUCAAGAAGUUAAUGAAAAUGAAAAAGUACUAGAGUUUAUAAAAUAUCUAAAUGAAAAAGGAUUCAUAGAUCAUAAUGUAAUGAAAUCAUAA